ACUUGGGACAAGUGAAACUUUGGAAAAACUUGUAGCAGGAAUACAAACCAAGCAGGACAUCGUUUAUAUAUUCUUCUUUUUUCUUCUACAUUUCCAUUCUAUAUUUUUGGCUACUUGUAUUAUUUUUUCCACAUCAGAAGACAGGACAUCCAGUUGUUUUUGUGUCGCCUCCACCUGGAUGCUAGGAAGUAGUGGAGAGUUGCUGGUGCUGCCUUCUUGUGGAUUGUAGCUGAUGUCCGUGUGAGUGGAGACAGUCAGCAGUGAGGAGGUCCUGGGCUCAGUGCACUGCCACACCACAGACAGGAGAGACACCACACUGGAUUCUAUAGCUCAAGUUAUCCGAUUAAGAAGCCUUAAAUCCCUCGCUAUGUCUGAGACCAGAAAGAAGGAAGGAAAGGGGAAUAAGAAGGGUAAAAAGGAUCGCAAUAAAGAUCAGAGGACUCCAACUGCACCACCGAAACUAAAGGAGAUGGAAAAUAAAAAAGUAAAAGUGGGUAGUAAAUUGACUCUUAAGUGUGAAGUUGAGUCAGAACAGCCCAAUCUGAAAUUUAAGUGGUUCAAAGAAGAUAAAGAAAUUGGGGGGAAAAAUAAAGGAGACACCAAACCAACCAACAUCAAAAUACGGAAGAAAAAAAAGUCUUCUGAACUCCAAAUUCCACAAACAACAAAAGAUGAUGCUGGAGAAUAUAAAUGCACUGUGUCAAACCAACUGGGGAACGACACCAAGAGAGUGAAUGUUACAAUAAUACCGAUCGCAGGCCAGGCUGACCACCGUGUUUCCCCAAUGGCUUCUCCAGCCCCUCCAGAUCAUCUAUCAAGAUGUGCAGAAAAAGAGAAGACGUUCUGUGUUAAUGGUGGUGAAUGUUACGUGAUCAAUGGAAUUACAAGCAGCACCGCCAAAAAAUUCAUGUGCAAGUGCAAACCUGGAUUCACUGGAGCAAGAUGUACUGCGACUGACCCUGUGAGAGUCAUAAGACCAGAAAAGCAUCUUGGAAUUGAAUUUAUGGAAGCUGAGGAAUUGUACCAGAAAAGAGUGCUGACCAUUACUGGCAUCUGUAUUGCUCUUCUUGUAGUUGGCAUCAUGUGUGUUGUGGCCUACUGCAAAACCAAGAAACAGAGAAAAAAGUUACAUGAUCGCCUAAGACAAAGCCUUCGAUCAGAGCGAAACAAUAUGGUCAACAUGGCAAAUGGACCACACCAUCCAAAUCCACCACCGGAAAAUGUCCAGCUGGUAAAUCAAUAUGUUUCCAAAAAUGUUAUAUCCAGUGAAAACGCAAUUGAACGUGAGACAGAAACAUCGUUCUCAACAAGUCAUUAUACUUCAACGACACAUCACUCAACAACAGUAACCCAAACACCAAGCCACAGCUGGAGCAACGGUCAAUCUGAAAGUAUUAUUUCAGAGAGUCACUCAGUAAUUGUCACAUCAUCAGUAGAAAACAGUAGACACACAAGUCCAACAGGAACAAGAGGACGACUCAACGGAAUCGGAGGUCCCAGAGAAUGCAGUUAUCUCAGGCAUGCAAGAGACACUCCAGAUUCAUACAGAGAUUCACCCCACAGUGAAAGAUAUGUUUCAGCAAUGACCACACCGGCUCGCAUGUCACCUGUAGAUUUUCAGACUCCUCUAUCUCCCAAAUCACCUUGUUUGGAAAUGUCUCCACCGGUUUCUAGCUUAGCUGUAUCUGUUCCUUCUGUGGCUGUAAGCCCCUUCAUAGAAGAAGAAAGACCAUUGCUUUUGGUGUCACCUCCAAGAUUACGAGAUAAAAGAUAUGACUUAUAUUACCAUCAUCACCAUUACAACCAGCAGUAUAAUUCUUACCAUCACAAUCCUGCCCAUGACAGCGGCAGCCUGCCACCAAGUCCUUUAAGAAUAGUGGAGGAUGAGGAAUAUGAAACCACGCAAGAGUACGAGCCAUCAAUGGAGCCUGUAAAGAAACUAGUGAACAGCCGGAGAGCAAAAAGAACAAAACCCAAUGGUCAUAUUUCCAAUAGAUUAGAAUUGGACACUGACACAAGCUCAGAGAGCAGUACAUCUGAGAGCGAGACAGAAGAUGAAAGAAUAGGCGAGGAUACACCUUUCCUGAGUAUACAAAAUCCCCUGGCAACCAGCUUAGAUUCAGCAAGUUCAUACCGGCUUGCAGACAGUAGGACUAACCCAACUAGCCGAUUCUCAACGCAAGAAGAGUUACAAGCAAGGCUGUCCAGUGUAAUAGCUAACCAAGACCCUAUUGCUGUAUAAAGCAAAUAAAACAUAGAUUCACCUGUAAAACUUUAUUUUAUAUAAAUGAAGUAUUCCACCUAAAUUAAACGAUUUAUUUUAUUUUAACAGUUCCGCAGUAGAAAACAGGAAACGUUUUAUAAAUUAAGUAUAUGUACAAAUGUGUUAUGUGCCAUAUGUAGCAAUUUUUUACAGUAUUUCAAAAUAAGAAAGACAUCAAUGGUGCCUUUAUGUUAUGUUGACAACCGUUUUUUGUAUGUCCCAGUGAUUGCUGUCCCACAGUAUUUUUGCAAAACUGCCCUUUGUUUUUUCCUACUUUGUUUCUUUUCUCUUCUGUUUCCUUAAUGGCUUAUUGUGCAUUGCAUUAACAGUGUAGACUGAAUGUAUGAUUUGCAAUUGCAGUUACAACAAUCCCUCAUCGUUUGCUUGUGGUACUGUAGACUAACUGUCCCUACAAUGCAGUACUCAUCCAACUUUUUGUAAGAAGAAUUGCUUUGCUUUCAGUAUACUACCAGGUUAUGUAUGCUCUUUGCUGGCCAAAGCUUUGCUUAUGAGGCUCUGGUCUAAUAGUAGAUUGAGGAGCUUGCUACUAUUAUUCACAGCAGGAUAACAGAUUGCAAAUACACAACGUAUAAUACUUUAUGGAAAUGCAAAUGCUACUGUGACAUACACAAUACUUAACUAGAAAGUUGAUUACUUCUGGAAAUGAACACUGUAGGGUCAGAUAAAGAAAUUUAUUUACUGCCUCACUAAUAAACAGGUCCAUCACCUGUUCCCCUCCUAUAUGACCUUUACCCCAAAUGACAAGACCCAUAUUUAAUGAACAAAAACACUACUAAGUAAUAUAUUAUCCAACAUGAAGGCAGGCUACUGAACAUAAAUAAAGGUGCAAUUAUUUUUGACCAUUUUUUUUUUUUUACUAUGAAAUAUUGUGUAUUAUACAGGGUUCACUUAAGACACAUGAACACUAUAGACUAAUUAUGAGCUAGAAAAUCUGUUACUUGGAACAGCAAAUAACCUUGUCUGAGCGAACACCUUACAAUUUCUUUAAAUUCUAUUUUUUAUAGGAUGGGUAUGAAAGGUGUGUAAUUUUUUUAUUUUAUUUCUAGUUAGCAAGAUAAGAGUGGGUCUUCUAUUUUGAUAUAAUGAAAAACGUAUUUAUUUGAAAAGCACGUUUGCAUUUUACAGGCUGAAAACAUGCAUGAACAUUUGGUUAGGAAUGUGCAUGACACAGUGAUUAAACAAGACUCAGUGACUGUUAGUAGUUUCAAUAGCUUUGGAUAUAUGUUGGAAAUAUUGCACCUUUUAGUAGGACUUUUUUUUUGGUCUAUCAUGUUUUCCCAGUGAUUAGUUUGCAUGAUUCAACAUUUAAACUACCUACUUUCCUCGGGACAGGUGAAAUGUUAAAUGAUGGUCUUCCAUACUCAACGAUUAACUGCAUUACGAAUAUUGAACAUAAAGCAAAAAAAAUGUGUUGUUUUUUUUCAUCUUUUUUUUUUGUUUCUUUUUUAAUAUUUCUCUGUUAGAGAAUGUAUGGAAUAGUUGCCAUUUUCACUGUGAUUAGCUAAGGAAUAAUGCUAUAAGGUUAAGAUUUUUAUUGCAUUUUAACAACUAGAGAGAGAUUUUCCAGUUGGUGCCAGUUAGAGGAAUUCCUUCUGGCUUCCAGAUAGUUGGCUGCCUAAAAGGAAAAUAACUGUCAAAUUUUCAUAUUUUUUUUUUUUAAAUAUUGCAAAUAUUACCAGAACAUUAACAGCAUUAAGAAUGGAAUAAAAUGGGUUAGGAUGUGUGUGCUUUUGAGAGAAUUUAUGCAUUUUUUAUUAGUAACUUUUCUCCGCUUGUUGCUUUGCUUUCUAAACAUGCUUUCCAUGUUUUUUUUUUUUUUUUUUACAUUUUGUGUAUUUUUUAUGCCAUGAUAGGAAAUAUGUUACACUUGCAUUUGUGGGACUCCCUAUAAAACUGACAUGGAUUAAGAAUACUUUGCUUGUUAUAUAUCUGCACCUGUAGUUUUCAAAGCAUAUACCAUUAUAGUGUAUAGUAGUAACACCUGCCUCUGCCUUUUAGGCCAUAUUGGCUAUUAGGAAAUUGUAUUUUAUUAACAAGCGCUGCAGAGUAAUAGUAACAACAUAACUGGCACAUAUCACAAGGUCCAAUAUAUGUUUUUUUUUAUGUUCUUUUUUUGUAAAUACACAUUCCUAGAUAUUUUACUUAUUCAAUUACUGUUAAUAUACAUUUUGCGUCACUAGCCCUCUCCUGGUUAUGUGUGUAAAAAGUUAAAUACGUAUAAAUUACUAUUAUUUAUAUUUAGGCUACAGAACUAGGAGAGAACGUUCAUAUUAUUUUAUGUUAAAUGUUUAAUUGUUUUAAAGUCCUACAUUAUUAUAUGUUUCUUUCAGAAUGUAAUGUAUUCUUUUCUGUUUUAAGUAAUUUAUUGUUCAGAAGAAUGUAAUGGAAUUGGUGAAAGAAAAGAGAAAAAAUAUAUAUAUUGCAAGGUACUUAGCAUACAAAAGAAUUUAUUAUCCCAAGAACUAAGCAAUAAGUAAUUGUUGAUUUAUUUUUGGUUGUUAUUCUUUAUUUGCAAUUAAACUGCUAAUGCAAUAAAAUGCUACAACAUACAACCAAGAGAUUUGUGAGAGCCAGCUGACACAGUAGAGUGACAUAUGACCUCUGUCAAUACUGACCCAAAUUUUCACUCACUGGUAAUAAAACAGGUUAUCCCUCAUUAAAAAUACUUUCUGGUCAUGCUGUGAAUCUCUGAUAAUUUGUACAAACCUUGCAUGUGAAAAUCUGUCUGAAUAAAUUUUCCACUUUAGUGACUUUGAGAGCUGCCCUUGUCAAUCUUUACUGGUAAAGGUGUAAAGAGCUACUGACUGGCCAAAACUCACCUGUUAAAUAACCCAAAUGUUAUUUGGGAAGCAUAAAAUAAAUGUUCAAUUCAAAUAUAUAUUUAACAAUGAUAACACACUUUGCCUACAGGAAACCAAUAAAAUGCCUUA